GCGGGUUUUGGAAAUGCGGAAGAAAGCUUUGUUUAUUCUGCCUUUUGUCUCUGUGGCUAAAGAGAAGAAAUACUAUCUCCAGAGUCUUUUUCAGGAAGUAGGAAUAAAAGUAGAUGGCUAUAUGGGCAGUACUUCUCCAAAAGGGCAUUUCUCUUCCUUGGAUAUUGCUGUCUGCACAAUUGAGAGAGCCAAUGGUCUGAUCAAUAGCCUCAUAGAAGAAAAUAAGAUGGAUUUAUUAGGAAUUGUGGUUGUGGAUGAAUUGCAUAUGCUGGGAGACUCUCACCGAGGGUAUCUGCUGGAACUUUUGCUGACCAAGAUUUGCUACAUUACUCAGAAAUCAGCAUCUUGCCAAGCAGAUUUAGCCAGUCCUCUGUCUUAUGCCGUGCAGAUCGUAGGCAUGAGUGCUACUCUUCCCAAUUUGGAGCUUGUGGCUUCCUGGUUGAAUGCUGAACUCUACCACACUGACUUUCGUCCUGUACCACUGGUGGAGUCAGUAAAAAUUGGAAAUUCCAUAUAUGACUCUUCAAUGAAGCUUGUGAGGGAAUUUCAACCCAUGCUACAAGUGAAGGGAGAUGAGGACCAUGUUGUUAGUUUAUGUUAUGAGACCAUUCGUGAAAACCAUUCAGUAUUACUUUUCUGUCCAUCAAAGAAAUGGUGUGAGAAGCUGGCAGACAACAUUGCCCAUGAGUUUUACAAUCUACACCAUCAAGCUGAAGGUAAGUUACUAAUUGAAUCACUGAGCCAUGCUGGCUGGGCUGAAGUGUAUAAUUUAAUCAAUGUUAACACAUAUAUGUACCUGUUUAACACCCACUUGGUUAACAAAUCUCCCCCGUCCCUGCAUUUCCGCCUGCCUGGCCUGGGGGAGGUUGUCUUCUUCACCUGUAGCCUCAAGUACAACUUCGAGCUGAUCCUCUUCUGUGGACCUGGCUCUCUGUUUCUCAAUGAGUGCAGCCUCAAGGCUAAGUACAAACAUGGGGGGCAACGGCUAGAGUUGGCCCAGCGCCUCAGCAACCGCAUCCUGUGGAUUGGCAUCGCCAUCUUCCUGCUGUGCCCCCUCAUCCUCAUCUGGCAGAUCCUCUAUGCCUUCUUCAGCUCUGCUGAGGUGCUGAAGCGGGAGCCUGGGGCCCUGGGAGCACGUUGCUGGUCACUCUAUGGACACUGCUACCUCUGCCACUUCAACGAGCUGGAGCAUGAGCUGCAGUCCCGUCUGAACUGUGGCUACAAGCCAGCCUCCAAGUACAUGAAUUGCUUCUUGACAUCUCUGCUGACACUGCUGGCCAACGAUGCGCCUUCUUUGCUGGCUCCAUCCUGGCUGUGCUUAUUGCCCUCCCCAUCUACGACGAAGAUGGUGUUCUGCCCUGAGCAGCUGCUCCGCGUGAUCCUCGCUCACAUCCACUACAUGCCUGACAACUGGCGGGGUAACAUCCACCACUCGCAAACCCGGAACGAGUUUGCCCAGCUCUUCCAGUACAAGGCAGUGUUCAUCUUGGAGGAGUUACUGAGCUCCAUUAUCACACCCCUCACCCUCAUCUUCUGCCUGCAUCCACGGGCCCUGGAAAUUAUAGACUUCUGCAAUUUCACUGUGGAGGUCGUUAAUGUUGGAGAUACCUACUCCUUUGUCCAGAUGGAUGUUUGCCAGCAUGGGCAUCCCCAGUGGCUAUCCACUGGUCAGACCGAGGCCUCAGUAUACCAGCAAACUGAGGGCGGGCAAGAGUUGUCACGCAUGCACUUUGCCAUCACCAACCUAGCUGGCAGCCACCAUCACGGCCCUUCUGUGGUGUGGGCACUGAAACUAAAGCAGACAGUGGAAGGUCUUACUUUUGAGGAGAGGGAUAUCAUUGAAGGAGCCUUCCGUCAAGGUCAGAUUCGAGUCUUGGCAGCAACUUCUACUCUUUCAUCUGGGGUGAAUUUACCUGCACGUCGUGUAAUUAUUCGGACUCCUAUUUUCAGUGGUCGAACUCUAGAUGUUCUUACUUACAAGCAGAUGGUUGGUCGUGCUGGCAGGAAAGGAGUAGACACAGUAGGUGAGAGUAUCUUAAUUUGUAAGAACUCUGAGAAAUCAAAAGGCAUAGCUUUACUUCAGGGAUCUCUAAAACCUGUUCGGAGCUGUCUGCGAAGAAGAGAAGGAGAAGAAGUUACUCCGAGCAUGAUAAGAGCUAUUCUGGAGAUAAUAGUUGGUGGAGUGGCAAGUACAUCACAAGAUAUGCAGACUUAUGCUUCUUGCACAUUUUUGGCUGCAAGUAUGAGAGAAGGGAAGCGGGGAAUUCAGAAAAAUCAAGAUCCUGUUCAACUUGGAGCAAUUGAGUCCUGUGUAAUGUGGCUGCUAGAAAAUGAAUUCAUCCAGACUACUGAAGCUAGUGAUGGAACAGAAGGAAAAGUGUAUCAUCCAACACAUCUUGGGUCGGCAACUCUUUCUUCCUCGCUUUCUCCAGCUGAUACUUUAGAUAUUUUUGCUGAUCUCCAAAGAGCAAUGAAGGGUUUUGUUUUAGAGAAUGAUCUGCAUAUUGUCUACCUGGUUACACCUAUGUUUGAGGAUUGGACUACUAUUGAUUGGUAUCGAUUUCUCUGUUUAUGGGAGAAGUUGCCAACUUCUAUGAAACGGGUGGCAGAGCUAGUGGGAGUUGAAGAAGGGUUCUUGGCUCGCUGUGUGAAGGGAAAAGUAGUAGCCAGAACUGAGAGACAACACCGGCAAAUGGCCAUCCAUAAAAGGUUUUUUACCAGUCUCGUGUUAUUAGAUUUAAUCAGUGAAGUUCCCUUAAAAGAAAUUAAUCGGAAAUACGGAUGCAAUCGUGGGCAGGUUCAAUCUUUACAACAGUCAGCUGCUGUUUAUGCAGGCAUGAUUACAGUGUUUUCCAACCGCCUGGGCUGGCACAACAUGGAACUACUACUUUCCCAAUUUCAGAAGCGUCUUACGUUUGGAAUCCAGAGGGAACUGUGUGAUCUUAUCCGGGUGUCCUUACUUAAUGCUCAGCGAGCCAGAUUCCUCUAUGCUUCCGGCUUUCUUACUGUGGCAGAUCUGGCCAGAGCAAAUAUUCCUGAGGUGGAGACUGUUCUGAGAAAUGCUGUGCCUUUUAAAAGUGCCCGAAAGGCAGUGGAUGAGGAAGAGGAAGCUGUUGAAGAACGUCGGAAUAUGCGAACUAUUUGGGUGACUGGUAAAAAAGGCUUAACUGAAAGGGAAGCAGCAGCCCUUAUCGUGGAAGAAGCCAAAAUGAUCCUACAGCAGGACUUAAUUGAAAUGGGAGUGCAAUGGAAUCCACAUUCCCCUUUAAAUUCUGAUACAUACUCAUUGACCAGCAGUGAGUCAGAAGAAAAGGAGCAUAAAUUUAUACUCCAAACUAAGAGGUCUUAUGAAAGAUUAACAUCAAAGAAAAAAAGUAACACAGUAUUCAAUGAUUCUUCUGUUAAGGAAUCACCAAAUACAGUGAAAGAUUUAGAUAAAGGUAGAGAGCAUAAAAAUUCCUUUUAUUAUCAGUUUCAGGAUGGAAAACAAGAAUGUCGGGUACAUUCAAUUUCCAGAGGAAGAAAACGGGCUUAUUUGAAUAUAAGUAAAGAGAAGCUAGAAACCUCUUUGAAUGAGGGAGAAACAAGCACUAAGAAAGUCGUUCAGACUGCCUCAUCUGAGAAAACAAAAAAAGAAGCUUUGAAUCUUAGUCUAGAAAAGAUGAACACAACCUUUCAAUCUUGGAAACGUUGUAAGCAUCUCAAACGAUCCAGAGACAGUAGCCCUGUGAAAGACACUGGGAUGUGUAAAAUUGAUUUUCAAAAACAGCUGAAUCUUAAUCAUUGUGAAGAUUCAUUUACCUCAGAUGAGAAGAAUGUGGAAUUUAGGAGUCCAGGGCCACUUGCUAAAAAUGCAUCUUUAUGUACUGAGGGAAAACAUAACAAAGCAUCAUUGCCAUCACAAACAGAACAAAAUUGUUCAAGGAACAAAACAGUAACUAAUGAUAUUCUUAUGGAACAUUUUAUCACAGAAUCCAAGAGUAAAAAGGAGACUUGUCGAUCCACUAGUGUGGUUAGUGAAAAUGGAAGAGGAUUAGCUCCUGUUGAGUCAGAAAAAAUAGACAAAGUGCUAAUACAAAGUGACUCAAAAAACCAAAAUAUUUGUGUUAAACACCAUGAUAUCAAUCCAAUUAAUCAGUCCUCAGAGAAGCAGUCUGAUAAACAGACAAACAUUUAUACCAAACAGAAAAGAAUACUAGAGAAGCAAAUAGCUUGUAAUCAUAUGAAUAGAGACUCAAAUGCUAUUAUCAAAUGUAAAAGUAUAAAUUUUAAUGCAGAGGAAAAGAAAUCAAAUAAUCUUCAGGUAUCCGGAGAUAAUAUAAGCAGCACUGAGAUACCCAAUGGAGUACAUCUACCAGCUGGAGCAUUUGGUAAAUCUGGAGGCCAGCAGGAGAAUUUUCCAAAUACCUCUAGAAUACAAGAAGAAACAGAUGCUUAUGCAGCAAAAGAAACUAAAAAUAAUUGUGUUUCUGUCUUAGGAUUAGUUCCUUGUGAUUUUGAAGAUAGUUUCUACCUGGAUACUCAGUCAGAGAAAAUUAUACAACAGAUGACAACUGAAAAUGCCAAACAAGGAGCAAAGGACACUAACCUGGCAACAGACAUAAUGCAGAAGAGCCUAAACAAACGGAAUUCAAGCUCUAUUCAGAAUGAGAUUCACACUGCCUUCCCUGGUGAGCAACAUUCUCCAGGAGUGAUAAAUAUAGACCAUUUGGAACCUAACACUGUAGAGACUAUAAAACAAAGCGCUGGUUCACAUGAGGUUAAUAUCGUGUCUCCAGAAAGCCCACUUUUUCAUUCACCAAUAUUAUUGAAGGAAAAUGGCCCUUGUUUGAAAGCGAAUGAACUUUCUGUUACUGACUCCCAAUUAAAUAGUUUUCUUGAAGGUUUUCAAACACAAGAAGCUAUGAAACCAGGUAUACCUCAAAAGAGAACAUCCACUGGUGUAGAAGUAGAAUGUCUGCCAGUCCCUGAAACAAGUUUGAAUUUGAGUGACAGUUUACUCUUUGACAGUUUCAGUGAAGACUACCUAGUAAAAGAGCAACCCCCUGACGUAAGCGUGAAAGAACCCCUGCCUUCUGAAGUCAUGUCAGACCAUUUCAGUGAUUCUCUGCAUCUACAACCAGAGGACCCAAUGAAACCAAAUAUGGAUGAGCAACAAGAUAAUCGGCAGCAGUUGACUUGUUUCAGUGAUGAGUCUAUUGUAUUUUCAGACAUGGAUUCUGCUCAGAUGGUGGAAGCUUUGGACAAUGUAGAUAUAUUUCCUGUCCAAGAUAAACGUAAUGCUGCAGUAUCUUUGGGGGCAUUAGAACUAAGUGAUCCAGUUGGUAAUGACUGUCCCCAAAGAGAAGUAACUGAAGGAGAUAAAGAUGAAAAGUCUCAAAAAUCCAAAUUAACUGAGACAAGGCAAAAUAAUUCAUUCAUAUGGUCAGGAGCAUCGUUUGAUUUAAGUCCAGGACUGCAAAGGAUUUUAGAUAAAGUAUCCAGUCCUCUAGAAAAUGAAAAGACAAAACUAACCACUAUAAACUCAUCUAGUUUAAAAGGAAAAAAUACAGAGUUAAAUGACAAACAAGAAGUGGUUUUAAAUUUGGAGCAGGGAAUUUCAUUCUUUCCUAAUAUUGAAGUAAAAAGCAAGAUUGAGACACUAGAGAACAAUGCUGUUCAUGGUGACACCCCAUUGCUCUUGCCUUGUAAAGAAAUUGGUAUAGUUGAUGAUAAUGGACUCAUUCCUCCUACACCCAUCCCAGCAUCUGCUGCUAAGUUGUCAUUUCCAGGUAUUCUUGGAACAUCUUCUGUGAAACUUCAGAAAAAUAGUGUUUUAGAACUUGGUGAAAAUUAUUUACUUGGCUCACCUUCAGAUAUUAACCAUGAUUUAAGUCCAGAGAGUAGAAAUGAUGUAAAAGAUGACAGUCCCAUUAGAGACACAAGUUUUUCACUGCAGUUAUCACAGGAUGGAUUGCAGUUAACUCCAGCCUCAUGCAGUGCAGAAAGCUUGGCCAUAAUUGAUGUAGCAAGUGACCGAACUCUCUUUCAAACAUUCAUUAAGGAGUGGCAGUGCAAAAAGCGAUUUUCCAUCUCACUGGCUUGUGAAAAGACCAGUAAUUUGACAUCUACAAGUGCAACUAUUGGUGGUAGGUUUAAGCAAGUUAGCUCCCCUCAGGAAACUUCUAUUAGAGAUGGAUUUCCUGUUAAAGGUUGUGAUGACAUCUUGGUGGUUGGACUGGCAGUAUGCUGGGGUGGAAAAGAUGCCUAUUAUAUUUCCUUGCAGAAGGAACAAAAGCAUUCUGAAAUUAGUGCCAGUUUGGCCCCACCUCCUCUGGAUCCAAACCUGACUGUGAAAGACAGAAUGUGGCACCUUAAAUCCUGCUUUCCAAGGGAAUCAGAUAAAGAACGUUCUGUUAUCAUCUAUGACUUCAUCCAGACCUAUAAAAUUCUUCUUUUGUCUUGUGGCAUCUCCCUGGAGCAAAGUUAUGAAGAUCCUAAGGUGGCGUGCUGGUUACUAGAUCCGGAUUCUAAGGAGCCGACUGUUCACAGCAUAGUUACCAGUUUUCUUCCUCAUGAGCUUCCACUCCUGGACGGGAUAGAGACCGGUCAAGGAGUUCAAAGCCUGGGACUGAACGUCGGCACUGAGCAUUCGGGGCGAUACAGAGCAUGUGUAGAGUCCAUUCUCAUCUUCAACUCUAUGAACCAGCUCAAUUCUUUGUUGAAGAAAGAAAACCUUCACGAUGCUUUAUGUAAAGUGGAAAUGCCCUGUCAGUACUGCUUGGCCUUGCUAGAACUGAAUGGAAUCGGCUUUAGUACUGCAGAAUGUGAAAGUCAGAAACACAUAAUGCAAGCCAAGCUGGAUGCAAUUGAGACUCAAGCCUAUCAACUAGCCGGCCACAGUUUUUCCUUCACCAGUACAGAUGACAUCGCUGAGGUUUUAUUUUUGGAAUUAAAGUUGCCACCAAAUGGAGAGAUAAACAACCAAGGCAGCAAGAAAACUUUGGGAGCUACCAGAAGAGGGAAUGACAAUGGACGCAAGCUAAAGCUGGGAAAGAGGUUCAGCACGAGCAAGGAUGUUUUAAACAAAUUAAAGGCAUUGCAUCCUUUACCAAACCUGAUAUUAGAGUGGAGAAGAAUUACUAAUGCUAUUACCAAAGUCGUCUUUCCCCUGCAGCGGGAAAGGCGUCUGAAUCCUUUCCUUGGCAUGGACAGAAUCUAUCCUAUUUCACAGUCACACACUGCUACAGGACGAAUAACAUUUACAGAACCAAAUAUUCAGAGUGUGCCAAGAGAUUUUGAGAUCCAAAUGCCAACACUAGUAGGAGAAAGCCCACCUUCCCAAGCCCUAGGCAGAGGCCUACUUCCCAUGAGCAGAAGAGGAACUAAGAAGGGCUGUGGUCUGAACUCCGUGCACCAGGCACAGACGGAGGAGAGAAGCUCAGACAGAGGGAUGCCGUUUUCGGUCAGCAUGCGGCACGCCUUUGUGCCUUUCCCAGGUGGUGUAAUAUUAGCUGCUGAUUACUCUCAACUUGAACUGAGGGUCUUGGCUCAUUUAUCCCAUGAUAAUCGUCUCAUUCAAGUAUUAAACACUGGAGCUGAUGUUUUCAGGAGUAUUGCAGCAGAAUGGAAGAUGACUGAGCCAGAGUCUGUAGGGGAAGAUCUGAGGCAGCAAGCAAAGCAGAUUUGCUAUGGAAUCAUUUAUGGAAUGGGAGCUAAGUCUUUGGGAGAGCAGAUGGGCAUUAAAGAAAAUGAUGCUGCUUGCUACAUUGACUCCUUCAAAUCCAGAUACACCGGGAUUAAUCAUUUCAUGAAAGAGACAGUGAAGAAUUGUAAAAGAGAUGGGUUUGUUCAGACCAUUUUGGGAAGGCGUAGAUAUUUACCAGGAAUCAAAGACAACAACCCUUAUCAUAAAGCUCACGCUGAGCGUCAGGCUAUCAACACAACAGUCCAAGGUUCAGCGGCCGAUAUUGUGAAAAUAGCCACAGUCAACAUUCAGAAGCAAUUAGAGACCUUCCAGUCAAUCUUCAAAUCCCAUGGUCAUCGGGAGGUUAUGCUCCAAGGUGACAGAACAGGAUUGUUGCCAAAGAGAAAACUGCAAGGGAUGUUCCGCCCAAUCAGAGGAGGCUUCUUCAUCCUUCAACUCCAUGAUGAACUCUUGUAUGAAGUGGCAGAAGAGGAUGUGUUUCAGGUUGCUCAGAUUGUCAAGAAUGAAAUGGAAAAUGCCUUAAAACUUUCUGUGAAACUGAAAGUGAAAGUGAAAAUAGGUGCCAGCUGGGGAGAGCUGAAGGACUUUGAUAUGUGAACAUACAGCUGGUUAAGGCCUCCUGAGAGGGAAGUCCGUGCAGGUACCAGUACCUGGAGAGAACAGAUUACCCUUUCACCUACUUCAUGAAAACAGAAAACCUCAAGUCCUGAUGGACUCAGGAUAGUCAUUUUAUAUGGGAGUUUCAAAAUGUGUAUGAGAGUUUAUUCUCUGUAGUUCAAUGACUCUAUUCACUCUCAAAGAGUAUCUGUGAAAUUGCCUCUUAUCAUUUACUGUGGCACUAAACAGGUUCGGCACAUAAGCUCGAAAUAUGCACUUAGCACUUUGAGUCCUCACCUGUCUGGAUGGAGCAUGAGAAAGAUGGAGCCGCUGCCUCAGGGGUAUUUCCAGCCCUUCCAGGACUCAGACAGUUGUGAUACAGACUCCCAACAGGAGCCACAGGCACAUCAGGAUCUGAUUUCACAUAUGCCACCAGGGUUAGGCCUUCUGUGUGACCUUUCUCCAAUAUCAAUUUAAGACUACUCAAGUAGUGUUUUUAAAUAAUAACGAAUUUUAUAAAGUGGUAAGACUUGAUAUUGAUGCAGUCAAGGAAUUGGAUUUUCAUAAAAUGCUAUUUUUUCUUCCUUUCUUCUCAGUUCAUGCAGGGAAUGUGUUUGCAGCACUUAGGUAUAAAAUAAGCUCUACCUCUUGAAGUGAUCUCCUGUCCUGUAAGAGCAGAUAUCUGUAUUGCAGGUUAAUAUAAUACGGCCAGAGCAGGAAAAACCCUCUUGUCAGCUCUUAGUGUGUGUCUGUGUUUGUGGCAUUGUUAGAAUCCCCACCCUGUAAGAUUGUACUUUAAUAAUCCCAGUCAGAGAUGUAUAACUGACCAUUUUAUGUUAAAAUAAAAUGUAU